AUGGGCAAAUUGAUGAUGAGCACGGCUGCCGAAUUUCCGUUCCUUCAAGGCCGAGAAUUCCUUGAGAUAUUCUUCGUUCGUAACGAUAAUAUCGAUGACGAGGAAACCGGCGAUCUCUACGGGAAUUUCAGGGUAGAAGAUGGGCUUGGAACUGAUGACCUAUUUAACCUCUCCAGGAACGAGCACAUCCCAAUCGCGCAACAAGAUUAUGUGCCCAUGACUGGCCCGUCUCUGCCUAUAUCAGGCGCUGAUCAACUUUACCUCACAUUAGAUCUAUGGGAUCACGAUAGUAUAUCCGCCGACGACCCCAUCGUCCAAGGGACGAUUAGAUGGAAUGCCUAUAGUCAUUUCAGCGAGUACAAGAAGAAACAUAUUCAACUUGUUACCGGCAAAUACGGCAGAGCAACGGUGAGCUAUGCCGUUAUGAGGGAUGCUCUGGCCGCUACCAUCGAGAUCACAUUAAUUAACGGAGACAACGAAAACCCCACCGACAUCUACGGGAGCAUUACUACAUGUAAUGGCCUUGGCGAGAGUGAGCCAUUUCAGAAAACAAAGAAAACCUCCAUCAAAGUGAGACCGAAAGAUCUUAUUAAGCUUUCACGAUGCGUUGUGGCCGUACCAACAGAUGAUAAACUGAAGGUCAAGGCCGAUCUUUAUGACCAUGAUCCAAUUUCGUCUGAUGAACAUUUGAUGGACGGGUAUGGCACGUUUACACCCUUAUGGAAUCAAUGUCACCAACAGACGAUUACUGGACCACAUGGCGAAGUGCAAAUAAGGGUGACUUGGUCUUAA